AUGGAAUCGGUUAGCUUUUCGCCUUAUUCACUGUCAGUUGGAGAUACCAUUAUCAAGCUCAACGUUGGUGGUAAAAGAUUUCAGACCUCCAAGCAAACUCUAACGUGGAUUCCGAAUACUUUCUUUACAUGUUUGCUGGAUGGUAGAAUACCAACGCUGAAAGAUGAAAAUGGCGACAUCCAAUGCAACAUUGAUCGCGCUAUUUAUGAUCAGAUAUUUAUCGACCGUGAUCCCGAUGCAUUUAUACCAAUAUUAAAUUAUUUGAGGACGAAGGAAAUUGAUUUACGUAAUAUUGGUCUAUCAACGGUAAAACAUGAGGCGGAAUUUUACGGCAUCACGCCUUUAGUGAGACAAUUAACCUUGUGCGAAAACAAGUCCGACUCCGGUUGUGGAAGUUUGCAUUUCAGCGCCUACUUGUCUUCACCAAAUGAUGCAAGUAUGAAGCGUGUUUUAUCAGUUACUGGACAUUACAACUGGAUUGCAGUUUCAUUUGCUCACUGUAUUUGCUGUUAUAAAUUGACAGAAACAUCAGGCUGGCAGCUAGGUUUUACUAGUCCUUAUCUAGCAAAUUUUGCUGAGAAAAUGGCAUUAAACGUUCGAGUCAUUGGUGGAUCCCUCGGAGAUAAGAUGAUUGCGGUGGCUUCAGGAAGCCAAAUUCGUUUAUGGAGCUUUGGUUCUAUUCCUGUAACUCAAAUAGGAACUUUUGAGCUAUAUGUUAGCGUGGAUGCAUUGUUUUUCGUUGGUAGCCAUCUUGUUGCAAUAAGUCAUACAGGGAAGAUUGGUGUUUGGCAUUCUACAAAUCAACACUGGCAGAAACAAGAUCUAAUGCCUAUAACUAGUUGGGAUGCUGCAGCUGAAUUUCUUUUGCUGGGUUGCAGAAACGGUUGUAUUUAUUAUAUAGAUACUCAAAAAUUUCCAUUAAGAAUGAAAGACAACGAUCUUCUCGUUACCCAAUUAUAUAAGGAUCCUGAGAACCAUGCGGUCACAUCUUUAAGUGUUUACUUGACACCUAAAGGCAAUUUUGGAGGUGGUGGUAGCGGUAACUGGAUUGAAAUUGCUUACGGUACGAGUUCCGGAAUUGUUCGAGUUAUUGUACAGCAUCCUGAAACUGUUGGGCAAGGACCACAACUGUUGCAGACAUUUACUGUUCAUCGGAAUGCUAUUACUAAUGUUAUGUUAAGUGAAAAAAAUUUAAUAUCCGUAUGCACCGAGAAACAUGUUCGCACAUGGACUGUAACUCGAUUUCGUGGAAUGAUUUCUACUCAACCCGGAUCAGUGCCGUUAGCGUCAUACCGUGUCCUAACUUUAUCGAAUGUUCAAGAACCAUUCUAUGGUUUGGAGGCAGGAAAUCAAAUUGGUCCAUAUGGUCAUCGUGACGGCGAGCAAAUCUUUAUUCAAAAAGUUAUACCGGAAAUAAAUUAUCUUUACGUUCGAUUGGCUUCUACAGGGAAAAGGGUUUGUAAAAUACGCUCCGUAGAUGGUUCAAAUAUCACAUGCCACAGUGUACAUGAAUGCGAGGGAGUUGGUAGACUGAGUUCAAGGCUUCGAAAGUUCUUUUUUACUGGCCAUGAAAAUGGAAGUAUUCAGGUUUGGGAUUUAUCGACUGCACUUGAUGAUGCACAAAAGUUCUCUGAAACAAACGAAGCAUCUGGUGAUGGUGGUCCAAGUGAAAGUGAGUUACAAAAAAUCUUGGAACAGUGCGAUCUUGCAAGUGAUGCUAGAAGCAGUUGGCAUCGUGUUCCUGACAACAACAAAAGACAUGAACCUGUAGAGAAUGAGGAGAUUAGAGUUGGCUCUCCUAAAGCAGUAAUUUCUGAUUGUUGA